CGGCACGCGGGGAUCGCCGGGAGCGGGGCGGAUGCUCGCGCUCUUCCUUCUCUCCCAGCCUCCGCGCCGCGGCGCGCUCUGGCUCUGGAGCCGCUAUGGGCGCCGCCGCGUGGGCACGGUCGCUCUUGCCGCCGCGUGUGUCUCUCCUGCUGCUGCUUCUGCCGCUCCUGGGGCUGCCCGUGGGCUCCUGGGAUCCGGCCGGUUACCUGCUCUACUGCCCAUGCAUGGGGCGCUUUGGGAACCAGGCUGAUCAUUUCUUGGGCUCCCUGGCAUUUGCAAAGCUGUUGAACCGCACCCUGGCAGUACCUCCUUGGAUUGAGUACCAGCAUCACAAGCCUCCUUUCACCAAUGUCCAUGUGCCCUACCAGAAGUACUUCAAGCUGGAACCCCUCCAGGCCUACCAUCGCGUCAUCAGCCUGGAGGACUUCAUGGGGAAGCUGGCACCCACCCACUGGCCCCCUGAGAAGCGGGUGGCAUACUGCUUUGAGGUGGCAGCCCAGCGAAGUCCUGAUAAGAAGACAUGCCCCAUGAAGGAAGGAAACCCCUUUGGCCCAUUUUGGGAUCAGUUUCAUGUGAGUUUCAACAAGUCCGAGCUUUUUGCAGGCAUUUCCUUCAGCGCCUCCUACAAAGACCAGUGGAUCCAGAGAUUUUCUCCAGAGGAACAUCCAGUGCUUGCCCUGCCUGGUGCCCCUGCCCAGUUCCCUGUCCUGGAGGAGCACAGGCCACUCCAGAAGUACAUGGUGUGGUCAGACGAGAUGGUGAGGACAGGGGAGGCCCAGAUCCGCGCCCACCUCAUCCGGCCCUACGUGGGCAUUCACCUGCGCAUUGGCUCUGACUGGAAAAACGCGUGUGCCAUGCUGAAAGAUGGAACCGCUGGUGCCCACUUCAUGGCCUCCCCACAAUGUGUGGGCUACAGCCGGCACACCGCCGCCCCGCUCACCAUGACCAUGUGCCUCCCUGACCUGAAGGAAAUCAGGCGCGCUCUGAAGCUCUGGGUGACAGCGCUGAACGCCCAAUCGGUCUACAUUGCCACCGACUCUGAGAGUUACCUGCCCGAGAUCCAGCAGCUCUUCAAAGGGAAGGUGAAGGUGGUGAGUCUGAAGCCUGAGGUGGCCCAGAUCGACCUGUACAUCCUCGGCCAAGCUGACCACUUUAUUGGCAACUGUGUCUCCUCCUUCACUGCCUUCGUAAAGCGGGAACGGGACCUCCAUGGGAGACCAUCCUCCUUCUUUGGCAUGGACAGGCCCCCUCAACUGCGGGAUGAGUUCUGAUCCUAGCUGGACCACACCACCAGUCUGAGCUGUUCCCUCCAGCCAGGCCUGGCAGCCAGAGGUGCUCCCAUGGUUGAUUCCCCAAGGACCAGAGACCAGAGAAAAGUACCAGGAACUUCCUGGAAGAGGAAGACAGUCAAUCUCCCAGGACACAGGACUUCCAAGCUCCUAGUGGCCAGACAUCUCCCUUUCUCAUAUGCUCCCUAUUGCUUCUCCUGGGAAUUUCUCACACCAGCAAAGUAGUCCAAGCUCUGUCUUUUGGUCUGCCCUGCUCUGAGGAGGCUGAGAUGCUCAGUUCUCUUCAGAGAGAUUUUAUAUAUAGAAAAAGAGAUUUUUAUACUUUUGAUACAAGAUCAUGACUCCCCUAGAAUUCUCCCUUAUCUUAAAAAAAAAAUCAGUGAAGUUCAUUAACGUAGGUACCUAAAGUGACCUUAACAGAAUGUGGAUAAGGCUAGGGGUGGGUGGGUGUAUUGCUUUUCCACAUGACCCCCCAAAGUGGCCCUCAAGCUCAUCCCCACUGCCUGGCCUGAGCCACUGUCAGCCCCCACUUCCUAGGCCAUUUCCAGGGUUUGGGGCACAGUCUUCUCCGUCAUAAACACUAUGCACAAAGAAGUUAUCGACCACGGUGCUGUCAGUACGCUGCAGACGGCCAAGUGCUGCUCACACAGCUCGUUCCCAGCAGGGAGCACCCUCCAUCAAGCCAGGCUGUCGUGGUAUUGCUCUCAGAGUCUCUUGGCGGUUGAUGGCUUGCCCCAAACAUGGCACCAUCAGGGUCUCAUAACACAUCACCAGGGCCUGGGCUUGCUGGCCUGGUAGGAUCCUUUUGAGGUCUCUAUUAUCUCCUGUUCCAAAGGGCCUGGUUGUAGAACUUUGUCAUUAAAUUGGUUCCAGGCCUGUCCUCCCAGCCUUCCUCCUGCAGCAGGAGCCUUCUGACUGUAUCCUCACAGGGGAGUGGUCACUAAGCCCCUGACCAGAUGGAAGAUCCUCAGUACCCAGGAGCCAUCGCAUUGCAUUCCUGGGGUUGUCUGCUCCAUCCCAUCCAGUGAAGUCUCAGUCAAGCCCAUGAGACCUAAGGUGUUACGGUUGUGAGUUUCUUUGUCUCUCAAAUGCUGUAGUGGUAAAAAUCCAUGACCCCCCGAGACUCUGUGAUUUUUUGGUCUUGAGGAAAUUCUCAGUUUCCUCAGGGUCACACAGCCAGCAGUGGUCAAUCUGGAUUUGACCUCCAAAGGGCCAGUGCUGAUAGCCAGCCUGCUCUACUCCUCCAGUUCACAAGACCCGGUUUACUCUGUGUAUGUGCCAUGGAUGGAGGCCUCAGAUGGAGAAAUGGUCAGCCACCUUUUGUCCCCACUGGGCUCUACUCAUGGGUUUGCCGCUGCCAGGACCCUUCAGGGAGGAAGAAUCCCGCAAGAAACAGAAAACCCACCUGAAGCUUACAGUUCUCUUGGGUGGUUCUAAAAUUCAUGUCUGUUACCUGCCGAUUACUUCCCCGCCAUGUGACCUCCCUUGGCCUUCAAUCCUGGGAAAGUGGGGGAGACUCUGAUGAAAGUCAGUCCCAGAGCUCCGCAGCUGUGUCCUGUGGGUAGCCUUUGGGAAGAGACGCCUUUUUUUCAGGGCAUACUGGAUCAGAGGCUGAAGGGCGACAAGGAUCUCAAACAGCGAAGAUGGCAUUUGCUGCUUAGAGCUGCCAUCAAACUCUUAAUACAGAAAGGGCAUUUGUAUUUCCCCUCUGGGGAAAAUAUUUUAAAUCCUGGGGUGGAUUCAGAGAUAGUUUAUCUGCUCAAACUUGUUCAUGAGCCUCACUGAGGGACAUGGGAGCGAGCCCCUGCCUCCAUUGGGCGGUUGGUAAGGUGUGGCUCUCUGAUUGAUGUCAUUUGCUGCACACACUUGAGAGUCUGGGGUUCAAAUAGGCUGCCCAAAUCCUCUUGAUGAGCACCGGCAGUCAUAAUAGCUCGUGUUUCUGGAGGUGAGGGCGCUGGAGCUGUAGUCCGAUUCGGUGUGUUUUGUAGGCAAGCACUUUAUUCCUUUGACCCAGUUUCCCCACCUAUAAAAUGGUGAUAAAACCGACGAUGGGGUUGUUGAAUGGCCCCAGUCAGAUAAAGGGAGUAUAAGGGCCCAUUGUAAACUUGAAGGAGACAAAGGCCCAUACGUGGCUGUUGGUUAGUGUGACUGCCUCUGGUCACACGCCUCCUCUCUACCGGCCACUGUGCUUGCUAAGUGUUUUAUGGAUGUUCCCUGGUUUAACCUCUACGUUAGCCCUGGGAAGUAGGAACUUACUCUCUGCACAAGGCAGGAUUAACACUUGGAAAAUUCUCAGUUUCUUCAGGGCCACACAACCGGUAGUGGUCAGCCCAGAUUUGAUUUCCAAAGGCCAAUGCUGUUAGCCAGCCUGCUCUGCUCCUCCAGUUCACAAGGUCUGAUUUACUCUGUGUGUGCACCGUGGAGACCUUGAAUGGAGAAAUGGUCAGCCUCCUUUUGUCCCCAGUGGGCUCCAGCCAUGCGUCUGCCACUGCCAGGAGCUUUCAGAGAGGGAGGAUCCCCCAGGAAAGAGAAAGCCCACAUGAAACUUAGAGUUUUCUUGGGUGGUUACUUAAUUCAACAUGCUUUCAUUCAACAGGUGUUUAUUGACCAGUUGCCAGGCUCUAUGCUGGGUACUAGGGAUUUAGCAGAGGAUCAGACAUAAAUUCUUUAUUCUCAAGGAGUUUGCAUUCUAAUAAAUAGAAGGCAUAAUAAGCAGAAGUAUUGUGGGAGGUGUUAAGUGCUAUAAGAAAACUAAAAAGGCAUGGUGGGUGCAGAGGGGGAGCAGUGCUGGUUUAGAUGAGCUCGGGGAAGGCCUCUCUAAAGAGCUGCUGUGGAGGGGGCCAUGCUCGUUCAGCGUUUUGGAGGCAGCGCAACAGCAAGUGCAAAGGUCCUGAAACUGGAAUGAAAACUAGCAAGGUCAAUGUGACUGGAGUGGCAGACGUGAGGCAGGGAACAGAGUAGAUGAGAACACGUGACAUGACCCGUCCUACAGCCUAGUUAAGAUCAAGCCUUGGCUUCUAUUUGGACACGUGGGAAGCCAUGUGGGGUCUGAACUAAGGAGAGUCAUGGUCUGAUUUACCUUUUUGUAGGCUGCCAUGUGGAGAGGAGAUGGGAAGGAAGAAGAGUAGAAGCAGGGAGACCGAGAUAGAGGUGUCACAGGGAUGCCCGCAAGAGAAACGACUGGGCUCAGGCAGAGGUCAUGGCAUUGAUUGCAGUGGAAACUAACUCUGGAUGUAUAAAAUGGCUUUAAAGUGUCAAUGUUUUUUAAAAAAUGUAAAUCUUUACAUAGUUUUAAUCAUGCAGUAUAUACAAUUUAACGUCCUGUUUUUUUUACUUAAUAGUAUAUCAUGUUUUCCAUCUUGGUACAUGGUCUGAAUAAGUGUUUUUAACGAUAGAAAAUUCCACUGGGUGUCCCAUAGUUUAUUAUGUCUCAUAGUUUAUUGUUGUUUUAUUAUGAGAACUUAGUACCAGUUUUUUACUGUUAUUAUUUGGAAAAUAUUUUUAUUUGUAAGUUGUUUUUUUUUUUCUGUUAUCUCACGUUUUUAUUAAGAUAAAUUCCUAGAAGUGGAUUUGUUAGAUCAAGACUUAAAAGCUACUUUUUGGGAAUUCCCUGGCAGUCCAUUAAUUAAGACUUUACUGUCUCACUGCUGAAGACCUGGGGUUCAAUCUCUGAUUGGGGAACUAAAAAAUCCUGUAAGCUACAUGAUGUGGCCAAAAAAUAAAAUUAAGAAAAUAAAGCUGCCUUUUGGAAAAAAUUCAAAUAUACAUAAAAAUUGUAAUAAAGUGAACUUUCAGUUUCAACAAC